AGUGAACAAAGCUAUUUUGCGAAUACAUUACGUUACAUUCGAUGUUGUGUGUGUUCGGGAAUUGCGUGUCAAUGGUGCGUUAAUGUUUAGUGCGUUUUAGUCUCAUGGCAACCAAUAAAACGACGACCCACGUACUGUGCUCAAAAUCGACCAACAUUUAUCGUGCAGCAAUUAAAUCAGUCUUCCCUGUUUGAAACGAACGAAAAGUUGGCCAAAAAUACCUCUUUUAGCGGAAUGUAGUGAAUGUACCUACGGAACGACCAAAUUCCAGUUCAUUUAAAGUGGUUGCAUACAGAAUUGUUAUCGACGAUCAUUUUCAAGAAAGAGAAAUUCCUUUACUACUCGUUUUUCGCCUCUCGCGAAAACAAAAGCAACAUGUUUCGAGCGAUAGUUACAUGCUUGUAAUCAAAUGCAUUGUGGAAGAAAAUGUUGUAACGUGCAAAUGUUAAAACAAUGGAAAAUGCAUUUCAAAAUCAUGCAAAUAAAGAAAAGAAUUAUCAUAAGAUUUAUGAAUUCUUCAGAGAGAUUAUUUUCAGCAUUCGUUUUUGUUUUUGUUUCAUUUCAUCGCUAAUUAGCCGUCGGUAUUCCAAUUAAUUUCAGUGGAAGUGUUAGUCGGCUCCUUUCGAAGGAGUGUCGCUCCUUAAUGGUUUUGUCCUGUUUACAAGCACCAUUAAUUUAUCAAUACUGAAUGGAAUAUACCGUUAAUAAAUAUUCACCUACAUGCAAAGAGCAAAUAUGAAUCCAUCGUUGAUUUUUCUUUCAUUUCUCUGUCGCUCGCACUCUGCUAUUUCUGACAGAGUUAUGGAUAUGCGAUGACCGAAUGAGCAUAGAAUUUUAUUUUUGUUUACCCAUCAUUUGCUCACUCUCGCUCUCAUUCUCAACGUUAAAUGGGAGCCUUUUCACCCAAACAGUCAAUAUGACACAGAGAGUCGAACCAAAGAGUGAAAACAAUAACACAAGGAAUAGCACAAACGAGAGCGCUAGUCCAACGACAAACCGAAUCAAAUAAAUUAUUCGUUCAUUCAUUUACAUUUCGACUAAACAGCGAAUAAUGAUGAUGUCAUUUGGAAUUAUAAUACAAUUCUGUCCGGUUCAGUAUGCUAGAGGUUUCGAUGUAUGUAUAAUGGUUGAAACAACGAAACCAUAAAAAAAAUUGCUUUAUUUAUGUAGUCAGCAUCGAAUAUAGACAAAAAAAAACAAUAUAACCCUGGCUUGACUUUCAUGUGUGGUGGCGUUGAAAAUCAUUGAAAUUGAUCGUUGAACAAUGGCAUUCGGAUGACAAUGAUUUCACCAUGUACUGGGAUUACAUAUCUCAAGAGACAUAUGGUAAUGUUCCAAUGGCAUUAAAUAAUUGUCACCUCAUUCCUCCAGCUAAUUGAUUGAGCACUCUGACGAGUGUAAUACACCUGAAAAUCCACCAAAGAGAAACAAGAACGAUAUUUCAAAUUCAUUAUCGCGAUACAAAGUUUCCAUUUGGGCCGCAGUGUGUUUGAUUUAAUUAGAUUGUGAGAUGUUAUUACUUCAUACAUUUUAAGUACAUCGGUUGUAUUAUUUCCAUUGCACUUUGUGCGAUCAAUGCAUUUUAUUUAAAAUAUAAAAAUGUGCGAACGAAACAAAAGCCGGAGUAAUCCGUAUGAAAUGCAAAAGUUCAACGCGGUCUGAGUGAAACUCGUAAAGAAGUUAAUAGCUCAACAAAAAUAAAAACAUAGUAAAUGUGUGUGCCGAAGGCGCGAAUGCUUGGAGCGCUCAGAGAGUGCGAGUGAGAGAGAAAGAGAAUGCAUGCGUGUUGUGACCAUUGUUAUUGCUCUAUGAUAUAGUCAGAGAGCUCGCGCUUCACUGCUACUUCUAGUGCUACGGCUCCGUUUUCAUGUGGUUCCCACCGAAUGAAGCGUUUCCAACGCCUCGUGGAUGUCGCUGUUGUUGUUGUUGCUGUUGCUGCUGCUGCUGCUGCUUUGAACGCAGCUCACCAGCCAUAUCGUGAAUGAAUUACAAUAAUAAGUUUAUUUUGUGUUUGAUGGCGUCACACUCGUAGAUGGAUUUGUAAUGUGCUCGCUGCGACUCGACGCGUGAAUAUGAGAUUUUGGAUAUUGAAUAGAAACAACGGCAACAACAACAAAAUAUAGAAAUAUAUAUAUUCUACAACAAAAACAAUCGAGCACUGUGUAAACAAAUAUAUUCCGUUGAUUUCUUUGAUGUAGACGUUGUUUCACAAAACGUCCGGAAAGUUAGUAUUUGAUCGCUUUUAGAAGUGGAACGAAUGCUCGCGCGGCAUUACUGUUCGACAUCAUAUUUUACGCAUUUUACUCGGCCAACAACUCCUGCUGCAACAUUUUAAUUUGCUCGAACGCACUCACCGCCACACCACACUGUUUCUUUUUUCGGAUUUUUAUGGACACUUUCUACGGGAGAGGAGAAAAAAACACUCCGUUUUUUUUUUUAAAUGUGAAAACACUCUGUUGCGAGCGCACACAUUGUGACAUAUUCCGGAUUCUAAAAUUCCCGAUAUUUAUGUGUUUGGUGUUUUGUUUUGCUUCUUUAUUUCUCAUUUCAAAUGCAGCGUAUUAAUUACCAGUGAACUACGAUUGGCGUGGUUUUCUGUGUUGUUAUUUUGUACGUAUCGAAUGAAAUGGAGUGAAAAAAAAACUGUGAUAUAAUCGUAAACCAAUUGUGAAAAUAUUUGGUGUAAAUUAAAUGAAAAUUAAAAAAAAAACAGUGAUAAAUUCUAACGGGAAUAGUUGAAAAGAAAACACUCUCAAACAUGGGCAAUUACAUUCUAGUGGAAAAAGAUUCAAAAGUAAUGCAAAAGUGCUGGAAAUGGGUAAUAAUCAUACUACUGAUCUUGAUUUUGAUCACCUGUUUGUUGUCAUCGUAUGCAUUUUCUGCGUUGGUCGUAAAUUUUCAUGAUAAUUGUGUGCCCGGCGCACAAUUAGCAUUCAAACGAAUCCCAUCGGUUGGCACAGCAUUGACCAAUUCGACGAAAGAAGAGGCUGAAUUUUAUGGGAAAAAAGUCACCGAUUUGUAUCAUGAAUUUAAAACGUAUUACAUGUCAAAGGAAUUGAGAGAGAAUGAUGAAAAUAAUGCCCUGGCCAAAACGCAAAUUUAUCAAUUUCUUGACAGUAGACCAAACGGAUUGCGCAGCACCACCGAACGAGCAAAUCUCUCAUAUCUCACCGUCACAAUUCCAGCAAACGAUUCCGAUUUCUACACAAACUAUCAAAUAAAUGAAGCGAGUUCAAGAUGGGGGGACGCCGAUACGUGCUUGAUGUACUAUUACUUCCCAGUCGUUGAAAUCACAGCAACCAUUGUUUGGAUCGUAUUUAUUAUGAUAAGUCGUCGUGAGGAUGAGCGAAGUGCCUUUAAAACAAUUCACAAGGCAUGGCGUUUGGUUGUACCGGCUGUGAUUUGUUUUGCCGUGUUGGCUAUUUGUUGCUGUUUCUACGCGGGAUAUUUAAAUAGCCAUUUGAAUGCGUAUUGCGAUGAGUUCAAGCAAAAAUUCGAAAAUCAUGAGAUCCCGUGCGAUUUCCACAUAAAUCGGUUUAGCAUAAAAGACACUACGGUAUUUGCACCGGCCACCAAUUAUAACAUGGCAAAAAGUGUAGCGUAUGCGCGGAUAUUCCUAUGGCUGUUGGCCGGUUUUAUAAUGUUAUUGCGUUGCAUUUUGGGCGCCGACUUUGAAAUGCAUGAAGUUGAAAAUUGCACCGAACAACUGGGCGCCGCUUUUGAUCCAGAAACCGAUUUGCCUAGUCGCGUUAAGUUCAUCGAUGACGGCAUCAAGCGAUAUUCACGUGAACGUGUUUACAAACCCACUACAACUGAACUUCAGCGUCUAGAUUAAUUGACAACACAUUUACCUCAAGUUAACUCCUUUUUUUAAAAAUAAUAAUUGAUUUUAACUAGCGGUAAAUCAAAACGACAAAGAUAAAAAUGGCCGGAUGUGGUUAUUAACCGAAAUACCUUAUGUUUCGCAUUAGAUAUUGUCGUUCAAUUUGUCUCUCACUUUAAUCUAAUCGUACAAUUAAUACUUAACUAGUCAGUACUUUUUCCAUUUCAGUAUACAGUUUUUUUUGUCUAAUUGUGUAAGAAGUUUUUUUUUAUAUAAAAAAAUAAAUGAAAUUGAUGUGUUUUAAUCUAAAA